CUCCUGGCGGCUGGGCGAGCCGGGCGUCUGCUGCAGCGGCCGCGGUGGCGGAGGAGGCCCGACAGGACUUGGCGGCGGCGGCGGCGGCGGCGGCGGUGGCGGGACCGGCAGCAGCAGCAGCAGCUACAAGCUCCCAGUGCCGCGGCGCUGCCGCACGAGCCCCACGAGCCGCCCACCCCGCCGCCCUCGGCGCUGACUGACCCCGCCGGCGUGUCCGCCAGCCGCCAGCCCCGGCAGCGCCCCCAGUCGUCCUCCGACUCGCCCUCGGCCUUCCGCGCCAGCCGCAGCCGCAGCCGCAACGCCAGCCGCAGCCUCAGCUCCAGCCAUCGGCACAGCCACCGGCAUAACCCCAGCCCCAGCUCCUGCUGCAGCUCCUCCAGACACAGUCCCUACGCCGACACCCUGGAGGUUGGGAUGCUCUUGUCCAAAAUCAACUCGCUUGCCCACCUGCGCACCGCGCCCUGCAACGACCUGCACGCCACCAAGCUGGCGCCCGGCAAGGAGAAGGAGCCCCUGGAGUCGCAGUACCAGGUGGGCCCGCUACUGGGCAGCGGAGGCUUCGGCUCGGUCUACUCAGGCAUCCGGGUCGCCGACAACUUGCCGGUGGCCAUCAAGCACGUGGAGAAGGACCGGAUUUCCGAUUGGGGAGAGCUGCCCAAUGGCACCCGAGUGCCCAUGGAAGUGGUCCUGCUGAAGAAGGUGAGCUCGGGCUUCUCCGGCGUCAUUCGGCUCCUGGACUGGUUUGAGAGGCCCGACAGUUUCGUCUUGAUCCUGGAGAGGCCCGAGCCGGUGCAAGACCUCUUCGACUUUAUCACGGAAAGGGGGGCUCUGCAGGAGGAGCUGGCCCGCAGCUUCUUCUGGCAGGUGCUGGAGGCUGUGCGGCACUGCCACAACUGCGGGGUGCUCCACCGCGACAUCAAGGACGAGAACAUCCUCAUCGACCUCAAUCGCGGCGAGCUCAAGCUCAUCGACUUCGGGUCGGGGGCGCUGCUCAAGGACACCGUCUACACGGACUUCGAUGGGACCCGAGUGUAUAGUCCCCCAGAGUGGAUCCGCUACCAUCGCUACCAUGGCAGGUCGGCCGCCGUCUGGUCUCUGGGGAUCCUGCUGUAUGAUAUGGUCUGUGGAGAUAUUCCUUUUGAGCAUGAUGAAGAGAUCAUCAGGGGCCAAGUUUUCUUCAGGCAGAGGGUCUCUUCAGAGUGUCAGCAUCUCAUUAGAUGGUGCUUGGCCCUGAGACCGUCAGAUCGGCCAUCCUUCGAAGAAAUCCAGAACCAUCCCUGGAUGCAAGAUGUCCUCCUGCCCCAGGAAACAGCCGAGAUCCAUCUGCACAGCCUGUCACCAGGGCCCAGCAAAUAGCAGCUUUUCUGGCAGGUCUUCCCCUCCCCCUCAGAUGCUCGAGGGAGGGGAAGCUUCUGUUUCCAGCUUCCCAGAGUACCAGUGACACUUCUCGCCAAGCAGGACAGUGCUUGAUAACAGGAACAACAUUUACAACUCAUUCCAGACCCCAGGCCCCUGGAGGUUGCCUCCCAACAGUGGGGGAAGAGACUCCUCUCCAGGCGUCCUAGGCCUCAACUCCUCCCGUAGAUGCUGUCUCCUAUUCAAAGAGGUCCGGCUUGGCUGGACUCUGCAAAAUCCUGGGGCGGGGGGGGGGGGGGGGGAGGGGGGGGGUCAGAACCCUGCCAUGGAACUGUUCCCUUCAUCACGAGUUCUGCUGAAUGCCGCGAUGGGUCGGGUAGGGGGGAAACGGGUUGGGGUAGGAUAGGACUAGCAACAUUUGAAGUCCCUGUCACCUCUUCCGACUCUUCUGAGUGCCUUCUGUGGGGACUCCGGCUGUGCUGGGAGAAAUACUUGAACUUGCCUCUUUUACCUGCUGCUUCUCCAAAAAUCUGCCUGGGUUUGGUUCCCUAUUUUUCUCUCCUGUCCCCCUCCCCCCAUCCUUCCUAUGAAAGGUGCCAUGGAAGAGGCUACAGGGCCAAACGCUGAGCCACCUGCCCUUUUUCUGCCUCCUUUAGUAAAACUCCGAGUGAACUGGU